GCCUUUUCCUGCCGCUACCUCCCCCUUUCUCCAGAGUUGCCUCUUUGUUUUUCUGACUGCUGCUUGAAUGGCUGAAAAGGAAUCUGGCAGCAGCAAAAAGACCCGUAGGAUGCCUUCUCUGCUGUCUCCUCCUCCAUGUGUUGAAGUAGAAGCCGCCAUGCAGAGAGCUCAGGGUCUCAUGUCCUUUGAAGAGGUGGCUGUAUAUUUCACUGAGGGGGAAUGGACCCUGCUUAGCCCAGCCCAAAGGGCUCUGUACAAGGAAGUCAUGCUGGAGAAUUUUGGGAAUGUGGCCUCUCUGGGACCUGUGAUUUCCAAACCUGACCUCAUAUCCUGGCUGGAGGAAGAGGAGGAGCUCUUUCUCCAUGGAUCUGAUGGACUGGCAACAGGAGGUGUGUGGAAGUCAGUAAAUGAAAGGAAAGUGCAUCUAGUGACAGAGAAAGAUACCCAUUCAGAUGUGAAAGAGGAUGUUCAAUAUUGUGAUGUACUCAGGAAAGAGGAAGGAAAAUUCCCACAUAGGAAGCAGAAAAAUUCUGCUCAUUUAGAGAGAACUGAUUCUCAUGAGUUUACACUACUUCAAAAAUUGUAUGAAGAAAAUAAUAAGAAUAAUUGCCCAGCAAGAGGGGAAUUUUUUCCUGAAAAAUCAGACAUUUCUAUGCCAUGGAAUGCCCAUAACAGAAAAAAAAUAUUUAAAUGCCUAAUGUGUGGGAAAACCUUUGGGCGGAAGGAUAAACUAACUUCCCAUCAAAGAACUCACACGGGGGAGAAACCAUAUAAAUGCCUGGAGUGUGGAAAAUCUUUCAGUCAGAGUGCGCACCUUACUUCCCAUCAAAGAAUUCACACAGGGGAGAAAAAAUAUAAAUGCUUGGAAUGUGGGAAAAGCUUCACUCAAAGUGGAAACCUUACUUCCCAUCAAAGAAUUCACACAGGAGAGAAAAAAUAUAAAUGUCUAGAGUGUGGAAAAAGCUUCAAACACUGUGGAAGCCUUACUAACCAUCAAACAAUUCAUACAGGAAAGAAACCAUAUAAAUGCCUGAAGUGUGGGAAAAGCUUUGGCCGCAAGUAUAUCUUAACCUACCAUCAACGAAUUCACACAGGGGAGAAAACAUAUAAAUGCUUGAUAUGUGAAAAAAGCUUUGGGCGGAAGGAUGAACUAUCUUCCCAUCAAAGAACUCACACAGGGGAGAAACCAUAUAAAUGCCUGGAAUGUGGGAAAAGCUUUAGACACAGUGGAAACCUUACUUCCCACCACAGAAUUCACACAGGAGAGAAAAUAUAUAAAUGCCUGGAGUGUGGAAAAGGCUUUCAUCGAAGUGCAAACCUUACUUCCCAUCAAGGAAUUCACACAGGGGAAAAACCACAUAGGUGCUUGGAGUGUGGAAAAAGCUUUGGGCGGAAAGACAACCUAAUUUCCCAUCAAAGAACUCACACAGGGGAAAAAUCAUAUAAAUGCACAGAAUGUGGAAAAAGUAUUGAGAAGGAUGUUUUAAAUUCCUAUCAAAGAAUUCAUACAGCCGGAGGUGUGUGGGAGUCAGCGAAUGAAAUGGAAAAGAAUUCAAUCAUGGGAAAAGACACAUAUCCAAAUGUGAAAGUGAAUGUUGAAUAUUGUGAUGUAUUAAGGAAAGAAGGAGGACAAUACCCUCUUAAAGGGAGAAAUAAAUCUGAUCUUUCACAGAGUGAUGAUUCCCAUGACAUUCCACUACAAAAAAUAUACAAAGGAGACAAUAGAAAUAAAUGCCAGGCAACUGGGGAAAGUUUUCUUGAAACAUCAGACACUAAUAUGCACUGGAACACCCAUAAGAGAAUGAAAAUAUUUAAAUGCCUGGAGUGUAGAAAAAAUUACAGCCAGAGUGGAAACCCUCCUUCCCAUCAAAGACUUCACACAGGGGAGAAACCAUACAAAUGCCUGGAGUGUGAUAAAAGCUUCAGUCAGAGUUCAUACCUUAUUUGCCAUCAAAGGAUUCAUACAGGGGAGAAACCAUAUAAAUGUCUGGAAUGUGGAAAAAACUUUGGCCGGAAAGAUAACCUUACUUCCCAUCAAAGAACCCACACUGGGGAGAAACCAUACAAAUGUCUGGAGUGUGGGAAAAGCUUCCGUCAGAGUACAUAUCUUAUUUCCCAUCAAAGAAUCCACACAGGGGAAAAACCAUAUAAAUGUCUAAAGUGUGGGAAAAGCUUUGGGCGCAUGGAUAACUUAAGCUCCCAUCAAAGAAUUCACACAGGAGAGAAGCCAUAUAAAUGCCUUGAGUGUGGGAAAAGCUUUGGGGAGAAAGGUGCCCUAACUUCCCACCAAAGAAUUCACACAGGAGAAAAACCACAUAAAUGCCUUGAGUGUGGAAAGAGCUUCAGUAGGAGAGCAUAUGUGAUUUCCCAUCAAAGAAUUCACACAGGGGAAAAGCCAUAUAAAUGCCCAGUCUGUGGAAAAGACUUUAGGCGGAAGGAUUACCUAACUUCUCAUCAAAAAAUUCACACGGGAGAAACUCUGUAAAUGCUUGAGGUAUUGAAAAAACUUCAGUUUUUUUUAUCAAUGAAUUCACAUGGGUGAGUAAUCAUAUACAUUCCAGAAAUGUAGAAAGAGCUUCAGUCGGACAACAUACCUUAUUUAUUUCCAUUCAAAGAAUCCACAAAGGGAGAAGGCAUAUAAAUGCCUGGCAUAUGGCCCAAGCUUCAGUCACAGUGGAAGGAUUACUUCCUAUCAAAGAAGUCACAGAGAGGAAGAACAAAUACAAAUGUAUACCAAAUGUCUAGAGUGUGGGAAAAGCUUCCGUCACUCACAAACAUUGGGGAAUUAAAACUACUCAAAUAAUAGAAGCAGCAUGUAUAGCUUUUUCAAAAUAAUGCCCACUGAAGCUAUGUUCUGAGAUCUCAGGGUCAUUUGGGGGGUUUCUAGGCUACCACAUAUUGCCCAACCGUUCAAGCUUUGUUUUUUGUAAAGGGAAUUGAUGGUGGGAGUAGACUUGAAGGCCAAAAGAGCCCUGGAAAAGGCUCCACCUCCAUUCCACUGUCAUGUACCCUGAUGGAACAGGACCUGCUGGGGAAAGGCCUAGCACCACUUUGCGACCCAGACUUUUCCUGAGGAGAGGCUGAUGGGAGAGGGAAGGAAGGAAGCCUGAAGAUUUGGGGAAGCAACAAAUGUACAUUGGCUGGUGGGUGGAAAGAAGGAAGCAGGGAAGGGGGACAGAAUAUGG